AAUGUGAAACAUAACUCAAUGACUUUAUUUUUUUUUAUUAUAAAUUAUAUAUUAUACUAAGAGUUUUUCAAGAUCAAAACUCUAAACUUCAAUUUAACGUGUCGUUUAUUUAUAUUUAGUAUACAAUUAAAAAAAAUUAAAUUCAAACUGUAAUAGAUAUUUAUCAUGUUUAUUUAGGGCUGUGUCUAAGCGAUGAUUACAAUUUUAUUCUAGUGGAUCUCAGUAGUUAAGUUUAUUUUUAUUUUACAUUUAGCCACUGAAAAUGCCAGGUGCCAAUUGCCUGUCAUGUGGAGAGCUUUUUUAUUCAGUUUUAUCAGACGAAAAAUUGUGUUAUCAGUGAUUUUUGGCUGCUCGCUAACAUACUGUAUUGUCAGUUUCUUAUUGAUUUCACCCAGACGUACAGACACAUGGCGUGUUCCAAGAAAAUUGGAUCACAGUGCAUUUGUUUGGAUGUCAGCCGAAGUCGAUUUGAACAAUUCAAUAGAUCUAAGUUGUCGAAAUACUGUACAAGGCAGAGAAUAUAUAGCAGAUGACAGAGGUUACAUAUGUCAAAGAGACGAUCUCUUAGCGAACAACUGCUGCGGAACUAUCGAAAAACGUUAUGUAUGUGAUACGUGCAACGCGGACGGCUGUUGUGUACUGUACGAACACUGUGUGUCGUGUUGCCUCAAUCCCAAUAAGAGAAAACUAUUGCAAACCGUUCUGGGUAAGGCUUCGGAGACGUUCCGUGUGCUGUUUUCGGCGAUCAAUAAUCAUUUUGAACUGUGCUUGGCCAAAUGCCGAACGAGUUCUCAGAGCGUACAACACGAAAAUGCCUACUUAAAACCGAACAAACACUGUUAUACGACCGCCGACAAAAUACCUUAACUGCAGUUAGGUGACACGUGGAUUUUUCAUUGACCGCAUUCCUGUAUGCAUAUUGUGCAGUAAUAGUGCUGGGUUAAGUGCAAUAAUUGCGAACUGUACUCGAUACGAAGUAAUCGAGUUAAGUUUGACAUAUCCACGUGUCGCAUAUUUUUUAUACAAUAGGUAACUGUCGAUUUUAUUAAGACUUAAGUCUAUAAUAUUGUUGUAGGGGCAUAUGUUGUUGAAAAUAAAUCUGUGUACUGUACAAUUAAGUAAUUAAAUUUAUUAUAUUUAUUUUGUUUUUAAAUAUUUCAGGAAUUAUAUUUAUGAUUGUAUUUAUUAUUUUUUAGUAAUAGAUUAUUUAAUUGUUGAUGUCAUUUAUUUGUUUAGCAAUGUAAAUAUCUAAUACAUACUAGUUUUGGUACGAACAAUUUUUAAUUUUUAUAAUUUAUAUUAUAUUACAAUUUAAAGUCAAAUUUUUCGGAAAACAAAUUUUAAUAAUAAUGGUAAACGAGACUGGAUAUUAAAAUAAAAUGUACCUAUCAUAUAAGUUAUUAUUAUUGGUAUAAUAUUUGUGAACAAAUUACGUGAUUUCUAUAAAAAAUAUAUAUAUAUUGGUAACAUAAAUUAAUAUAUUAUGUAUAAUUAUAUAGUAAAUAUAUAGACUAAAUGGUAACAAUA